ACAGGAUUCUUCAGUUACGACAGAGUCAACCAGCUUUGUAAGACUUACCCAGAGAAUAUUGUGCUCACGGCCAGCAAUCUGACCAACAGCGGCGAGAGGUCCUUCUACAUAAGAGAUCACUGGAUAAAAGUAUAUUCCAUAUCAGAAGGAGCUGGUUCGGAUGUCUAUAACUCGUUUCUAAAUAUAGGAGAUCGAGCAUCAUGGAAAGUGGAUGAUUGCAUCGGUUUUUAUUGCCCAAAUUUCUUCCGACACUCCAUUCUUGACGUCUGGCAACAGAUUCCGAUUCAUGAGGUGAAACUUGUCUUAUACAAAAAUCAAAAUGCAGUUGUAACGAUGGUGCUUAAUGGACGAGAUACAACCCUUGAGAACUGGUUUUCUCCCAAAAAUCUGAAAAGUUCUCCAUGGACGGAUUUGCCAAAGGCUAAACCCAAUUACUUCUCAAUGGCCGGAUUUAAAAAGAAGCGACGGUUCUACGUGUCUUACACACAUUUUGUGUGUGGCGGAGACAAAGGCUGGCUUAUCAUCAUCGAAGCAUUUUACAUGUGUCAUUGGGAAAUACCAUAUAUAUAUCCCCGAUUCAUAUACUCUAACGCACCUUCGAAAGCCGCAUGGCUACUCGGUUACGGAUCAGCAGAUACCCUGGCCAUAUUCAUCCGCUUGAUACAGAAAUAACCAAAACAUAUGCAGGCAUUAUUAGUAUUGCUGCUGCUAUAUCUAUCUAUAUGAGCAUCUAUGACCAUCUAUAUACCUAUACUAUAUCUAUACCACCUAUAUCUAUACUAUAUGACCAUCACCGCUGACCCACACUCCAUGUACCCCACUCAA